AUGCUCACAAUUUGCAAGCGGGUUUUACACAACAAAGGCAUGGCAAAAACGUUGAAACUCACGGGAGUGGAAACAGACAUCUGUAAGCUGCUCAAAGACUACAGCGCCCAAUACAAUGCACAUCGGUCGACGUUAGAGCCAUUGACGUUGAGAAUUACUGGUGGGUGGGUAAGGGACAAAUUGCUCGGGUUUGCAUCUCAUGAUCUGGACAUCGCCGUCAACAUCAUGUCUGGAGAGCAGUUCGCAACUGGGUUGAGUCAGUACCUCACACAACACCACGAUGAUUUCGGGAUUGUUCCCCAUUCUAUUCACAAGAUCGACAAAAACCCCGAGAAAUCUAAGCAUCUGGAAACUGCCACCACUAAACUUUUUGGAAUUGAAGUGGAUUUUGUCAAUCUGAGAUCCGAAGAGUACACUGAGGAUUCGAGAAUACCAAUUGUAGAAUUUGGUACUCCAGAGCAAGAUGCAUUACGUCGUGAUGCCACUUUGAAUGCACUUUUUUACAAUAUACAAACCGAAACCAUCGAAGAUUUUACCGGAAGAGGGCUACGAGAUUUGGAAAGCGGAACUCUCAGAACGCCAUUACCACCACGUCAGACCUUUUUGGACGACCCGCUUAGGGUUCUUCGACUUAUCAGGUUUGCAUCAAGGCUAAAUUUCACCAUAGAAGAGAGAACUUUUGCCGAGAUGGCAGAUGACGAGAUAAAUCAAGCGUUUUUGGCCAAGAUCUCGCGCGAACGAGUCGGAACGGAAAUGCAAAAAAUACUGCAUGGACCUGAUCCACUAUUAGGACUCGAACUCAUCCAUAAGGCAUGCUUGGAAAACGUCAUUUUUUUUUGGCAUAGCGAUAACGCUAUUAUAGAACACAACCGAAAAGAAAGUAAUAUGAAACUUAUAGAUGCUGCUUACCAAAAGUUGCGUGCUCAUAUGCGAGUUGUUCUUGAGAAACUACCUGAUUUGUUGACAAGAUGUCCAGAUUUGAAAUUAAAAUGGGAACAAGAUUUGGAGUUUAGACAAACAUUCAUUUUGGGCGUGGUUCUAGCACCUUUCAAAGACAUUGAAAUAGUGUGGAAUCCGAAAAAGACACAUAAUAAACUAGGUCCCAUUGCUGACUAUAUCGUUAAAGAGGGAUUGAAAUUCGGCAAGGGUGAUGCGGAACUGGUGUCAAAAUGCGUGCAGUCUCAGCUGACAUGGGAAAAUCUUCUCAAUAAGUAUAAAGCGCUCAGCAGGUCAGAGAUUGGACUUUUCCUAAGAUCUUUCGAGGGUAAUUGGGAAGCUGCCUUUUUCGUUAACCUUGCGCUUUCAUUCUGUUUGCAGGAAAGCACUCUGCAAAGGUAUCAACAACUUGUUGAGCACAUUCGUUAUCUACAGCUUCAAGACAGUUUUCAAUUGAAACCCUUGAUCGACGGCAAAAGUCUAUCUAAGGCCUUAGGAUGUAAACCAGGGCCGUGGAUGAAAACAGUAAUGAGUGAAAUGAUCGUAUGGCAGCUUGAUAAUCCUCAUGGCACCGAGGUUGAUCUCCUUGAAUACAUCAAGGAAAGUGUAUCUCUGAAUCAAUGA